GAACUCGGUGGAUGGAUGCGAGAACUCGAGCAAGAUGUUAAGCAUGUGCCCCUAGAGCUGUCUAUAUUGCAGGCAUUUAACUAUUCCGUCUUCCCUUUGUUUUGGGCUGGCGUUGAAGUCAAUUACUUUGAUUCCAAAUCUCAUUUGAUUACGAUUUAUGAACAGCUUCCUUUGUUGCUCAAUCCGAGCGUUUACCAGUAUGAUAGGGCUGUGACGGCCGAGAUGAUAAUCAAUAAAGAAGGUCCGCAGGCGACUUCUCUUCUCUUGGAAACUGGAGAAGAGAUGGCCAACCUUCUCGGCUUCGACAGAUCGUCUCCGGCAGUUCGAAUGCUAAUUGCUAGAAUGAUCGAAUUAGAGUGGAAAAUUACUGUUAGCGGUAGCAGGUUCUACAAACACAAGAAAGAACGCUAUGAAGUGAUUUCCAUAGUAGAAUUGCAAAUGUUGGCACCGGCGAUUGACUGGAGGUUGUUUCUGUCGUCGCUGACUGGAGAGGAGCUGCAUGCUAAAGAGAAGAUUGCUUUGAAAACGGGUCGGGAAUGGCUAAUCAAGCUUUCGCGUAUUCUGCUCGAAUACUUGGAGACUGAAGGAGGACAAGCGGUUGUGAGGAACUACAUAAAAUGGAAAACGCUGUUUUUCCAUUUAGCAUACGUGAAACCGAAAUGUCGUGAUGGCUUAUUAUGGAGUGUCGUUGAAAUUUACUCUGGUCCUCCUCAUCUUCGCAAGGAGUUCUGUAUAAUGCGAGCAUCUGGUAUCUUCCCUUUGUCGCUACCCUCAGUGCUCCGGAAGAUCGACGGUGUAAAGAAAGCUAGAGAUAAUAGGAACCUGGUCAAACAAAUUGCUUCGAACAUUGUCGACGAAUACAGAAAAAUGUUGGAGUGGAGUAAUGUCCUGGACAACGUGACCUCUCCUAUAGUUCUGCAAAAGCUUUCCAAUAUGUCAAUUUUGAUCAGCUAUCCAGACAAGAUCGACAAUGAAAUGGCGAUGGAGAAGGAAGGCGAUCGAAUAGCUAAUGAAUUGUUUUGGUCAAUGGUUUUUGGAGCUGGUGCCGUUUACAGAGAGAAACUGAGGAGGUUGAGGAAACCAGUGAACCCCAAAGACUGGGUCGAUUCAAAGCCAGCGCUGUCUUCGACACCUAUUCACAACUACGAAAGAAAUUUGGUGCAGGUUCCUUUUGACGUUGUUCGCGCACCCAUUGCUGACACUGAUCUUCUCGAGUAA